UCCCGGUUCCGAGUCAUGGCAACGGCGUGACGUGAGGGUACUGGGAGCUGCGGGAGCAGCGGUCGCGGCUUCAGUUCUAGCCUACCCGGCCGCCCGGGCGGGAGCAGGGGCGAGAGGAGCCGCAGCCCCGGGCAGCUCUUGCGCUCGGGGACCCUGAACCCGCCCGGCGGCCCCUUCCUGCCGCUUUUCCUCCCGAGCGAGGAAGGCGCAGCGGUUGUCAGAGCUGAGAGAAUAAGGGAGGGUCGCGCGCAUGGCCUCGGCGGGCGCGCGGCGGCUCCCAGCCGGGACGCGCGCGGCGGCCCAGCGCUGCUGCGGCUUCGCGCUCCUCCCAGGCGCGCUCCCGGCUCCGCCCCCCGGCCCUCCGCGACGGCCGCGACCAAUGAGAUUUCUGAUGUCCUGCAGCCUCUUCUUACCCCGGGCUGCCCAGGUCUUGGUGGCUGAGGCUGGCUUACCUCCCAGGCGUUCCUUCAUGGGCUUUGCUGCCCCCUUCACUAACAAGCGAAAAGCUUACUCGGAGCGUAGAAUCAUGGGGUACUCAAUGCAGGAGAUGUACGAAGUGGUGUCCAAUGUCCAGGAGUAUCGUGAGUUUGUGCCCUGGUGUAAGAAGUCUUUGGUGGUAUCUAGCCGCAAAGGUCACCUGAAGGCCCAGUUAGAGGUUGGGUUUCCACCUAUUGUGGAACGUUACACGUCUGCUGUUUCCAUGGUCAAACCUCACAUGGUCAAGGCUGUUUGCACUGAUGGCAAGCUCUUCAACCACUUAGAGACCAUUUGGCGAUUCAGUCCGGGUAUUCCUGCCUACCCACGAACUUGCACUGUGGACUUUUCGAUUUCCUUUGAAUUUCGUUCUCUGCUGCACUCCCAGCUGGCCACCAUGUUUUUUGAUGAGGUUGUCAAACAGAAUGUUGCUGCCUUCGAGCGUCGGGCAGCCACCAAGUUUGGUCCAGAAACAGCCAUCCCCCGUGAACUGAUGUUCCAUGAGGUGCACCAGACUUGAGGCAAAGGAUUGUUCCUGGCCUCUCCUCUACUCUCCCUCCCAAUCCAAUUCUCUUAUUUAUUUCAUUUGGCUCCUGAUCCAAUCUAAGAGAAGAGUCUGUGUUUAUAAUGUUUUCCUUCUCAAUUCCCCAGAAAUUGGGCUCUAAGCUGGCUACAAAUGCUGGGGCACAAAGGUAGGGGGGUACAGAAAGAAGACAUGCCUAGGAGAUGGUCAGGCUCAUCUUGAGAGCCCCAUAUGCCUGAUGUCUGCAGUCUUCUCAUAGUGAAUUAUAUUCAGGACUGUGUGGUUCUUUUUGACCCUGUCAACAUACCUUAGUGUCUGACCAGAGUAAGAUAGCAACUUUUCUAAGGAUUGUAUAAACCAAGCUUUUUCCUCUGACAGAGGUACUGGGUGGUCAAUAAUUGUUGCCCACCUAAGAUGCUUCAGGAAAUGCCUGAGAUCUGGCCCCAGAUUGAAAUCCAUAUGAUCUCACUUUUAAAAAUAUUUCCAUGCUGCCUGGUUAGUGGAGAGCACGAGGCUGUCUUAACAUCAGUGCCACAGGGGCAAGGAGAAAAAAAGCACUGAAGAGAAUUGUACUCUUGGGUUGUACCUUAUUCUUCUACUUGGCCUGAGUUUUUAUAAAAUUUCAAUAAAUUAAUUGUGACAGUGUGAA